UCACAGUCCUGAGCGCACGUCUCCAACCAGCCUUUUACGCGCGUAGAAGCUCUUCUCGAGAAUCCCCUCGCGGUCGGCCCCUCCCCUUUCCGUUUUCUCGCCGCCCUCAUUCAUUCAUGACCCCCGAGCGGUGACGUAGGAGAUUCCACGGUGCCCACUGCCGUAGGCAACUACGGCAUGCUCGAGUAUAUAUGGGACAGUGGUGGCCAUCAGCCGGCACACUCUCAGUCGCUCCGACUCGGGAACCAGGGCAUCAGCGGAGAUAGCAAGGCUUUACUUCGCCCUCUCAGGCUAACUCGCUUUGGGCUUUGGUUCAGGAUGGACAACUCUUCUAUUUCUCGGAGCCGACGAAGCUCCAUCAUGCGCAACUGCAAAAGCGGUCUCUCCCUCUGGCUGGUGGUCUGGCUGGUCCUCGGCAAGCCAAGUCCGGCGUCGGCGUGUCCGCACCACUGCGUGUGCUACCCGACACCCAUGACUGUGAGCUGCCAGGCUCAGAACUUCACCGCCGUCCCCGUGGGAGUGCCGUACGAGUCCCAGCGCGUGUUCCUCCAGAACAACCGGAUUAUGGAGCUCAGAGUUGGCUCUUUUGGCUUCGGGACUCAGGUUCUGUGGCUGUUUUCCAACAACAUCACAUGGAUUGAGGCAGGUGCUUUCAGUGAGCUGAGGGACUUGGAGGAGUUGGAUCUGGGAGACAACCCCAACCUUCACAGGCUCGAGGGGGGAGCAUUCCGCGGCCUUGAGAAGCUCCAGAGCCUCCACAUGCACCGCUGUCGGCUCACUGCCCUGCCCCAUGACAUCUUCCACAAGCUUUACAGCCUACAGUUCCUCUACCUGCAGGAGAACAACCUCCACUUCCUGCAGGAUGACAUCUUUUCUGACCUCAUCAACCUGAGCCAGCUGUUUAUACACGGCAACCGCAUCCGCACCCUCUCAGAAAAUGUGUUCCGUGGCCUGGUCAACCUCGACCGGCUUCUCCUCCACGACAACCGCAUCCGUCAGGUGAACCGUCGCGCCUUCCGCGAUCUGGGCCGUCUGACUAUGCUCUUCCUCUUCAACAACUCCCUGGCUGAGCUGCCAAGCCAGACGCUGAGGGACACCCAGGGCAUCGAGUUCCUCCGCCUCAACGCCAACCCCUGGUCCUGUGGCUGCGAGGCCCGUGCCCUGUGGGAAUGGUUCCGUGAGGCUCGUGUGUCAUCAUCCGAGGUGAUCUGUGCCUCCCCUUCCGCCCGCCGUGGCCAGGACCUUCGCUUCCUCCGUGAGAUGGACUUCGCCCUCUGCCCCCUGCCUGACCCCGGCUCCAUUGCUGGGUCCACCACAACCACCUUCAGCACCAAGACCCGCUGGUGGUUCCACAAAAACAAGCCUCAGUCCUCCACAAAAGGCCUCUUUGAAAAGUCCUCUGAGACUGUUAAAGCCGGCUUGUAUGGAAAAGGCCCAUCUUCGACCACCUCGGUGGUUAAGUAUGAACUGGGGGAAGAAGAGCUGGCUCUGCCCAAACUUGACGCCGAAGAGUACUGGGCAAACUAUGGCAAUGAAGACUCAGGUGUCACAUUGCGGUGCUUUGAGCUAGAAUGUCCACCUGAUUUUGAUUUGCCUCCAUCUUCCUCCUCCCCCAGAUCGUCCUCACCCUCCCUACUCUCUCUACUAGCCCUCUCCAUCUUCACCAUCUGCCUCCACCUACUAUUCGGCUGAAUUGAACUCUUAGUGCCACACCCCUUCCUUUCCAGCCUGUUUUAGAGGCUGGAGGAACCCGGUUAGACUCUUUAUACCCCCUUUGCCCACUCUGCUGUCAGAAAAUCUUCAAAGCACAGCAAGGGAGAUGGGGGGAAUGGCUAGAUUCAUAAUCUACCACCUAUAGGGCUUAACACUUUUUCAGGGCUGCAAAGAGUUCCUCGGCUACAAUCAUCUACAGGUAUGGCUUUCUGUGCCUUACCUGUGUAAUGACAAUCGGCGAUCAGGACUAAGAGGGCUGAGUCCAUCACCAGUAAGAAGGCAAUUUGAUAGCAGUUGUGUACAAUGUUGUCAAUUCUGUCACCUCGACUUUAGUCAAUACUGCUAGUGCUAUUAGUGCAUCCAGUUACCUGGCUGCUAUGAACGCUACAAUUACUGUUAGAACCAGUGUACAGUAAUUACACUACUGUAACCACUUAAAGUGUCAUGUAAAUAGGUUUGUGUCACGUGAGUGUUCAGACUGAUAUUUGUAGUCCAGCACAAUUACUUUUCCUUUGGAUCCAGGAAAACUGUGAAGGCUUGUGCCUCUACUUGACAGAGCACCAUGCACAGCGAAGCAGGGAAGAGAUAGGGCGACAAAACUGUGAAGAAGAAGAAGACGGAGAGGAAUUCGAUACGACAGGGAAAGUGGAUAGGAAGAAGGGAGAGAGUUUGAGCAGCAAUAACAAAGAGAGAGAGAGAAAGAGACAGUGCUGGCGGUAGAAGCAGCAACCUGUAGGAGAUAAGUAAUAAAUCUGGCUCAUCUGUAGUCCUUCUGCUCGUUCCUCACAAACCAUUCACCAUCCUCUGUAAAUACGGUGUUGUUUUGCGACAACCUCAUGGAGAGAAUGCUUUCUUUCGGGAAGCUGGAGAUUUUUGAUUUUGGAUGUCUUUCUGUGACAUAUUGAUAUAAUGUGUGAUGAUUGUUAACUUGAAUGCCAAUGAAUGAUCUUGAUAUAAAAAGAUACACUGAAUAUUUCCUGUAUCAUGGCUUUCUUUGACAAAUCUGUUAUCACUGGAGUUUUUCCCGUGGGGAGGGGUUGGUGGCGGUGUUUGAAGCAAUAUGAAUUUGGGACAGAAUAUAAGACAAAAUAUAAUAUGCACAAAAAAGGUAGCAGAUUGCCGCUGGGUGACAAAACUGUGACAAUAGAGCUUGUGGACUUAGAGAACUGACCAUACAGUCACAUGGCUAUAACAGGCAACUGUGUAUGUGUGUUUGUGUGUGGGUGUGUGUGUGCAUCCAAGGCAAUGAAUGAAUUCACAAGUUGGCAACUCUGCAAAGGCAAAUACGUCACCAGAGUUUGCACUCUAGCUCACCGACGGGGAGUGCAGAACGGACAGACGAGGUGCAAAUUGGAUGCUUUUUGAGAACGAACUAAGAGAGCAACACAAAAAUCUGGAGCCAGUCAUCGCGUGGGAUAAAUUAAGCACUCGUGUGCAGACUGGCGGGGAAGAUGUUAGGAUAGUCCAAAAAGUCAGAUUUGCAAUUGAUAAUUGGGCUAAAAAGACCUUUUUAUCAAGGUGCAAAAGCGGUUUUAAAGCAGAAGCAGGAAGUGUCCUAAUAUAGGCACUCAGCUCACGGGAAAGGAGAUAAUAUUUUGUUGUACAACUAUCCUCUUAUUUUCUUUCUCUUUUCACCUAAAGUUACUCUGUUUAUCUCAAGCUAUCUCCAUUCCUCACAGGCAGAGGAAAGGAUCCUUCAGCAGAGGUGACCAGGGGAAGGCCAGGAUGUAGUAGGAGUGAAAGAGUGGGUGGUGAUGUUAGAGAUCUUCUCACAUGAAGACAGAUGCAGAGCUGGUGAGCUUUGCAAUACUCCGUACUCCUUUCAUAGCUCUUGCCACAAUUAGGAAAGACUGUGGGAAAUAUUCAGUGUCAUCUUGUUGUAUAGUCUCUUGAUAAGUCUCCUAGAGGAGGUCAAACUGAGCCCGGGUGCUCUUUAGUGACUAUCAAGUCACUUUCAGAUGACCAAAGUGCCAGUUAUACCAUGUCCCCCCCCCCCCAAGUUUCCUUUGUUGGUUUGACACUCUGCAUGUUUCAUGUUUUGUAUCUGAUGAGAGAAAUUGUCAUUAAUAUACUAAAGAUUGACUUAUUUGUCAUUUAUUUUUACUGUAGAAGAAAAAGAAAACUUCUCGAAAGAAUAAAUUCAUACUUGUUUUAA